AUGUUUGUGGCUAAAUGGAUGCGCUCUCACAUCGAAGAUGGUGAUCCAGUGCUGAAGAAACCUGUGAUGUUUACAGAAUUUGGUUUAUCAGAUCUAAACAAAGGUUUUGACCCUUUGCAACGAGACCGAAUCUACAAAACUGUUUUUGAUGUGAUCUAUGAAUCUGCAAAGAAAAAGGGGGCCGGGGGAGGAUCGUUUGCGUGGCAGUUCUUUGUUGAGGGAAUGGAAGAUUAUAAUGAUGAUUUCGGGAUAGUGCCGUGGAAGAGAGCUUCGACUUACGAGAUUAUAAUCCAGCAUACGUGCAGGUUAGCUAAAGCUCAUGGGACGAUUGCAUCGCAAAAAGAAAACUUGAAGCACCUUUGUAAUCAGCGAUGA